AUGCGGCGCCGAUAUCACUAUCCUCGACUCGAUGAUAUUGAGGACCUUGAGAAAUACCGACCUGGUGGAUUUCAUCCAGUGACUAUCGGGCAAGUCUUCGCUGGAGGGCGAUAUAAAGCCUUGCACAAACUUGGAUUUGGCGGCUCUUCCACGGUCUGGCUUGCUCGGGAUCAGCACUCGCAAGAGCAACCGCAACGCUCGGGGAGGCUUGUAGCCCUAAAAAUCUUAAGUGCAGAGCAGUCGUCCAAUCCCACAAAGGAGUUCCCAGAAUUGUACAUCUCCCAGGAGCUCGAUGCAUUCUCCCGUGCUCAUGGUCAUGUAGGGAGAGAGAACAUACAGUUUAUUCAGGACCAUUUUAUGGAGAAAGGCCCAAAUGGGGUCCACCGAUGUCUGGUUUCUCAGUUCGCUGGACCAAGCAUUCUUUCGAUGGCUGAAUGUCCCGGACGAGUAUCGGGAAGCCGGCGACUCCGGGGUGAUUUGGCGAGGAAAGUGGCAAAACAAGUGGCCACAGCAGUAGAAUGCAUGCAUUCUGCAGGGAUUGUUCAUGGAGAUCUUACAUCAUCCAACAUUCUCUUCAAAUUGUCUAGCGAAGUUGACAAGUGGACAGAUGAUGACGUGUACGAUGCACUUGGUACACCCGAGAUGGAAGAAGUAGCUACCCGUGAUGGUUCACCACCAGGCCCUUGUGCGCCCUCGCAAGUAGUUGCCCCUAUCGACGUUUCGCGCCUUUCUUCAUCGUCGCUACUCCAAGAGAACAUUCUCGUCACCGAUUUCGGUCAAUCCUUUUUCAUUAAAUCCCCACCAACGGGCUAUGAACCGGCCACGCCACUACAUUAUCUAUCCCCAGAAGCAUAUUUCGAAUCGAAGAUGAGCUUUGCUUCAGACAUUUGGGCCUUGGCGUGCAUGAUCUUCGAGAUUCGGGCUGGAUCCCCGCUCUUUGAUCCCUUCCUCAGCAGCGCCACUCAAAUCCUAAAGCAAAUAGUGGAAACGUUAGACAAGUUUCCAGAACCGUGGUGGAGUUUGUGGGAAGCCCGGCACAUAUUUUUUGACGAGACGGGUGUACCGAAAUCGCAGGAGGUGCAGAUUGACGAAGGCGUGAUGAUCCCUGCAGAAAAGAGCUCUCUUCGUCAAAAGUUGCAUGAGAUUGGAGAGCAGGACGACGCUCCGGACGUAUACGAAGGGAGAAUGAUUGAGAAUGUGGGAACGCAGCUCGAGGAAGUAGAGAUUGAACUCUUGGAAGGUCUGUUGGAGAAGAUGCUGAGAUAUCGCCCGGAGGAUAGGAUCACUAUGACGGAAGUGGUGGAACAUCCUUGGUUCGCGUACAAGUGA